AUGCUCCCAUUCUCCUACAUCGAACCCCUCGUCAAGGACAGGGGUGCUCAGCUCACGGAUGCCGAGCUCGAGCUCUACAAGGAGUGCUACUCCGGCCUGCUGCCCUUUGAGUUCGAUCAGGAUAGCAUGCCGCUGGAAACCCCGCAGCUCGUGCACGACGAUGCUCGCAGCACGAUCCGUGUCGUUCGCCUGCGCAAGAACGAGAGGAACGGCUUCGACACCGAGCGCUGGCUCCCGAUCAGCAAGGAGGAGCGUGCUGCGGGGAAGAUCAAGACGUCGCACAACUACACCGCCUGUGCCAUCUUCCGGUAUCUCAUUCGUGACGACACGGACGACGAGAUGGAGAAGGAGCGCCAGGAGAUGCCGGAGACGCGCGUGUUUGUCAUCCGGUCGUACAAGAAGGAUUACGACCUGCAGUACGAGAGGGUGCGCAAGAUCGAGCUCAAGGCGUUUGAGACUGCGAUCAGCCCUGCGAUCCCAACGCUGCACAGCUGGGCUAUCAGCCCGCUCUGCGUGCAUCUGUGCUCGGAGUUUGAGGAUGGCUUCAACUUCAAGCAGCUCCUCGACAAUGGCAAGUGGCACGAGGACCAGUUUGACUUCCUCUGGAUGCACGCCUACGCAUUCUGGGAUGCGGUGCACUCCAUCUUGGAGCGAGCCGAGAGCGGCUUCCCCAAGUACUCCACGUAUUACCUGCCGAAGAUGUUUGUCGUGCAGGUCUGGGGAAGGUACAACGGCCUCGUCCCGCUGGAGUUCAAGCUCCACGACCUCCUCCCCUCCUGUGAACACAACGAUCUGGAUUACAUCGAUCCGGCGGCUGCUGAGGAUCAAAUUGCAGGCAUCGAGUCUGACAACUCCAACGAGAUCCCAUGGAGCAUCGGAUGUGUCAUCAUGGAGAUCAUCACCGGCAAGAAGCCGUUCUUUUCCUGGCCCAAGGAGAACCGCCUCGAGGCAUUGGCAGAGGAGCACAGGCUCGCGCGAGAACAAGAGAGGGACUACAAGAUCCCAGCGUUUGCUCUCAUCCCAUGCAACGAGGAGUACACACCCAUCCUCGACUACCUCCCACGCCUCCUGGACCCAGACGCUGGAGAGCGCCAUUUCGAGUCUGUGCAGCUCUCCAUGGCGUACGACAAGCUCGAACCCACUGUGGCUAAAUGCAAGGCUCACUUCCCCUCGCUCUGCAAGCAUGACAUCAUGCCUAUCUCGUAG